AGACACUUUAUAAUAUUUAAAGAGCUGACGAGCGAACAUGUUAUAUAGCAGUAUAGUGAUGUUAUGUGUAGUGGCGUGGUCAGCGUCGGGUGUGCGUCACGGACUGUGGCACAACACUCGACCAGACCAGUAUUACAACGACGAUUACAAUUUUGACACCGGCAUCGACAACUUCUGGCAUAAUUUCAACAAACGAAUGGAUAACUUCGAUAAUGAUAUGGACAACAUAGCGACAGGAUUGAGGCAGCAGACCCGUGCAGACGUCGUCGGUGAUCAAUACUGGGUAUCGAUUGAGAUGCCGGGAUUUAAUACAGAGGAUAUAUUAGUGAAGUCAAAGAAGGGACUCCUCGUCGUGGAGGCCGUCCAUCAGGGAGACGGUCAGCCGCUGAACCAGUAUCAGCACAUCAGCGAUCUGCCUGACUUCGUCGAUGAACACGGAAGCUGGUCUUACAAGUAUGGAAUUCUAAGAGUUGUCUAUCCUCUUAAACGGCGAGCUCCGACUGAUGUCACGAUCUGAGAGAACUUCAAGACAUGACACAAGCACCGGCCGCCAGAGUUGUGACAACAUCGAAGUGAUCAGUGAUUGACAGUUUUUAACAUUAUAAUUAAGCAUUUUUAAAUGGAGUGGAGAAUGAAAGAUUACAAAAUACAUAAAGUUUAUUAAUAAAUAUUUAAUUGAAAUGAGCGGAAGUCUUGGAAUAACUCUAGUGAGUAGUAAAAAAAAAUGUAUUCAAUAGUGUCCGUUGAUGGCUUACAUAUUUUGCAUAAAAUGUGCUUAAAAAUGAACAAACAGAAAGGACUCAAAAUUUUUAUAAAAACUUAGAUACGCGGUACAAAAACAAAAUAUUAAUUCACAGAGCAGGAUUUACUCUCGCCACCUCCGACGCGUCGCGAGCCGCUGGGAAAACAUUUGUUUCAAUUUUAAUUCAACUUACAAG